GUUUAUACAGGCCAUGAAUCUCGUCUUUUAAUGAAUUCAGCAGCAGCUCCCAUAAAAACGCAUUGAUAUUUUAACAAAUCAAAGGAUUCUAUUUCUUUUUUUCUUAUUAAUUAUGAUUACUGUUGUGAGUGUUAUUGGUUCGGAAUUUUUUAAUUGGAUUUUGGGCAAGAGUUUUUAUAUUAAUAUGUUUGAACGUUGGUCUUUCCUUUGGAAUGCCCUUACAUUUUUUAUACUUUACAAUAAUAUUAUUCCGAUUAGUCUUCAAGUUACUUUAGAAGUUGUACGUUUUUUCCAAGCCGGAUAUAUUAAUCAGGAUUUAAAAAUGUAUGAUGAAAAUGUUGACAUCCCUGCUAAUGCUAGAACUUCUAAUUUAAAUGAAGAAUUAGGCCAAAUCAAAUAUUUAAUGACUGAUAAAACUGGAACAUUGACAAGAAAUGUUAUGAAAUUUAAAAGAUGUCAAAUUGGUGGGAUAGAUUAUGGGGACGAUAAUCAUGAUGAAUUCUCUGAUGGUAAUCUUUUGAAAGAUUUGUCUGACGGAAAGGAAAAUUCCGAGUUAAUAUAUGAAUUUAUGUUGAUGUUAGCUUGUUUUGUUCCUGAACAUAAAGAGAAUGGCGAAAUUAAUUUUCAAGCAACUUCCCCUGAUGAAGGUGCUCUUGUUCGAAUGGCAGCAAAUAAUUCUUUUAUAUUUAAUGAGCGUAGACCAACCGAAAUUUUUGUUCAGACGCCUUAUGGAUUGGAAUCUUUUGAUUUAUUAAAUGUGUUAGAAUUUACAAGUGAUCGAAAGAGGAUGAGUGUAAUUCUAAAGGAUAAAAACAACAAAAUUAAACUUUACUGCAAAGGAGCUGAUAAUAUUAUAUUUGAUCGUCUUUCUUCUGAACUAAAUUUAGCUCAUUCUUUGGAAAGUGCGACUCAGGCAUUAAAUGAUUAUGCUCAAAAAGGGUAUCGAACCCUUUGUUUUGGAAUGAGAGAGCUUGAGCCAGAAUUUUAUUCAAAUUGGAUAGAGGAAUUUAAAACAUCUUCAACAUCAUUGGAAAAAAGAGAAGAAAAAUUGGCAGCAGUUUCAGAGAGAGUUGAAUGUAAUUUGCGAUUAAUUGGAGUUUCUGCUAUUGAAGAUAAAUUACAAGAGAAUGUUCCAUUAACUAUUCGUACAUUGUUAAGUGCUGGAAUUUUUAUUUGGAUGCUUACUGGUGACAAAUUGGAAACGGCUAUUCAAAUCUCCCAUUCUUCUUCGAUAACUUCAAAAGAUACAAAAUUAAUGAAAAUUGUUGAGAAAUCAUUCGAAGCAGUUUUGGCCAAACUUAAAUUUUUUAUUAAUUCGGCCAACCAAUAUAUUGAAUCUGGAACUGAAUUUGCUUUAGUUAUUGAUGGCGGGAGUUUACAUCAUGCAUUUAUUGGCGAAGCCCGCCCCUUCUUCUCAGAAUUAAUUGGUAAAUGUCAAGCGGUUAUUUGUUGUAGAAUGACACCAAUUCAGCUGAAAUUGUUCAUAUAGUUAAAGUGCUUAAAGGAUCUGUUUUAGCCGUAGGUGAUGG